AGGAUUAGUGAAGAAUUGAACUACAACACCCAGAAACCCGGUGAAUGGUGUUGGUUAAUGCGGAGGAUGGUGAAUCAGGGGCUGCAGAAAGCUUCGUAAGAUAAACCCAUCACGUUGGUGGUACGGUGUGGCUGGUUUAGGGAAGGAUUUACCCAAUAAUAGGUUGCGUGUGCCUUAGUUAAAUACAGAAUUAAUUCUUUCACGUUUGAUGGGCCCGUUUCCCGGAUGUUCAUGUUAGUGGCGGACCGUUAGCUACUAGCUUUAGCGGGUUCGGGACGUAAACUAACCCGGACAGGACCAACUCCAGGAGACUGUGGGAGCAGUCCGUCACGCCCUUGUUGGAAGAAGCCCGUGGAAAAUUAAAAAAAAAAAGAAUGUUCUUCUGCUAAUAUGAUCAGAAUUGGUUCAUAUUUUGCGAGAACCGUAACGUGGGGACUCGGAAUGAGCGACUCAUCGGAGAUCUUCGGUGUGUCUGCCCUUUGACACAGAUGCAGCCAAAGUGGACAGACCUUAUCUCAAAUUGAAGUCAUCAGACGAGCUCUUAUUAGCACUUUGUCGUUGUUAUUGUACCAUUAUGAAUGCUCCGAUCUACACCUUUGUUUCCCGCGACGACAUCAGUACAGUUUAUGCAGAAGUGGCUAAAAUCCUUCAGUCAACUGGACACUGGAAAAGGCUGAAAAGAGACAAUCCCAGAUUCAACCUGAUGCUCGGUGAACGGAACCGAUUACCUUUUGGACGCCUCGGGCACGAACCAGGACUGGUACAGCUGGUGAAUUACUACAGAGGGGCCGACAAGCUCUGCAGAAAAGCAUCCUUGGUCAGGCUGAUCAAAACCAGCCCAGAGCUGUCGGACUCCAGUAACUGGUUCCCAGAGUCCUACAUCAUCUAUCCCACCAACCUCAACACUCCUGUUGCUCCAGCUUCCAAUGGCAUCAGUCAUUUGAAGAGCAAUCCUAAAACGGACGAGCGGGAAGUUUUCUUGGCUUCGUACCACGCUAAAAAGGAAAAUGGGGAAGGCACAGUGUGGAUUGCUAAAUCUUCUGCUGGAGCUAAAGGUGCUGGUAUUUUGAUCUCUCAUGAUGCCAAUCAGUUGCUGGAGUACAUUGACAAUCAAGGACAGGUUCACGUUAUACAGAAGUACUUGGAAAAGCCGCUCCUGCUGGAGCCAGGCCAUCGGAAGUUUGACAUCAGGAGUUGGGUGCUUGUGGAUCAUCAGUAUAAUAUCUAUUUGUACCGGGAGGGUGUGCUGCGCACCUCCUCGGAACCGUACAACACCUCGGACCUUCAGGACAUGACUAGCCACCUGACCAACCACUGCAUUCAGAUGGAGCACUCCAAGAACUUUGGACGAUACGAGGAGGGAAACGAAAUGUUCUUUGAUGAGUUCAGGCUGUACCUGCUGAAAACGCACAACGUCACCUUGGAGACCGCCAUCUUACCACAGAUGAAGCACAUCAUAAAGAGCUGUCUGACAUGCAUUGAACCUACAAUCAGCACCAAACACCUGUCCUACCAGAGCUUCCAGCUCUUUGGCUUUGACUUCAUGGUGGACGAAAGCUUCAAAGUUUGGCUCAUUGAGAUAAACGGAGCUCCAGCCUGUGCACAGAAGCUUUAUUCUGAGCUCUGUCAGGGCAUUGUGGAUGUAGCCAUUUCCAGCGUCUUCCUCCUGAGCAGCGACCCCUCACCUGCCUCCUCUUCACCCUACUCUUCCUCCCCAUCCUCACUCUUCACCACCAACGCCUGCUCCUCUCCCAAACUGAGAGCCCCGCUCCACGUGGGGCCUUUUACUCGACUCUAGCACAAAAACAAAUCCCUCCUUCAGCUCUGCGUUGGAACUCUCCAUCCCCAAACUCUUCUUGAAAAGCGUCAGAAGGUUGAGACGACCAAUAUUCCCACUAAACCGAUCGGCAGUUUUACACUACUGAGACCUUCUACUGUCUCUUCAACUCCAGUCUUUCUUUAAGGUGGUCUGCAGAGUUGAGACUGAAGAGUGCCUUACAUUUCAGCCACGCCUCCUUUAACAUACAGCCACCAAUUUUCUGUUGACUUGAUCGGAGAGCCUUUGCACUGUUGCCCAACAAGAUGAAUGUCAGGCUAAGAAGAAGAAAGGAGAGCAGAUUCUCUUCAGCUGUAUUCCAAUUGGACACUUGUAACUCACUAGGGUUACACGUCAUUGAAAAUUCUUCUAUUUUUGAAAUGCAUUUCCAUUAGUUAGGUUACAUAGGUUGCUCAGUUUGUCCUCUUUCUUCUGGAGUGUAAACUUUUGUGUCUCCAUCACAGAAGAAAGCAGGAACCGUCUGGAUGUGACAUCAGAGAAAGUGCUGAAUCACGUGAACCAGCAGUAAAGGGAAGAGUCAAAUCAUUGAGCACGCCAGACUGCAACAUAUGCACGUUUUUGUUUGACAUCUAAAAGCUGUGGAUUUUGUUUCCCCAGGUGCUCCAAUGAAGUAAAACAUGUCUUAGUUAUUGUUAGUCAUUGUGUUAUAUAUAUAUAUUUUGCUGUUUCUCUUCAUAGCUGCCUUUAUUAGCGUGAAACUUUGCUUUGUUAUGAAGGGAAAGUUGUUUUUGAAGAAUAAAGUCCAUUCAGACAUUGUUUUUUUUAAUUGAGAUGAACUCUUUUACUCAGGAUGUUCCCUGUGACUUGAAAACAUGAAGAUAAAUGUGUCCUUUCCUAUUGAAAGGAUGUAUGUUCCUGAGAAAGCUGCAAAGGAUAAAAUAGAAAAGAUGCAACUCCAGUGUUACUUAUAGUUAGUUGUGUUAAAACCUUUUUCUCGACCCUUUUAAAUGAAGUUUUGCAUGUCUUGUUUUCCUUUUUGUUUUUUUUCUUGUAUACUUUUAUUUCUGUCUCACCAAAGAUGAUAUGGUUUAUAACUGAAGCCUGCAGAGGACGCUCAUGUUUUGUACUUUACUCAGUCUAGACGUGAUCUCUAUUAAAACUGUGUGAUCCAGCAGAAAAUGUUAGCUUUUUUUAAUGAAAUCUUGCAUGAUUAGCUGUAUUCAAAACAAAGACAAUAAAAUGAAGAAAAUACCCAAAAAAA